UUUCCUGGUUCUGUCCGUGGUGCUGGAAUAGAGAGCGGGGGGAGGAGGAGGAGGGUAUGGGGGUGAUGUCAUUGACUGCCUUCCUUCUAACCGAAUUCAUUCACCACUAAAUGGUUCCGCUGCUGCUGGAUGUGACUCCGACUGGCGCAGAUUCGGUCCGGGACUGGGCUCAGGUGGUAGCAGGUGGAGUAUUAUGAACUGGCGAAUGUGGGAAGCAGUAGGUUCUGUCCAGAGAGGAGGAGCAGCGAGACACACGCACAGAAGGGAGUUGACGGUGGGUGAAGGAGAAGAGGAGGCACCAUCGAGGAUCUUAUGAUGGCGGCCAAGUCGGACGGGGUCCUUACGAUGAAGAGCGAUGUGGCCUUCACCCCCCUGCAGAACUCGGAGUACCCGGGCUCGGUGCAGGGACUCGACACCAGCGGCCGAAGCCACCCUGCCGGCCCAGGAGACGCGGACUUCGCCAACGGGGAGUCGCACUGCUGCGGCGCAGGGGGUUCCACCUCGACCUGCCUCCGGUUGGGUCUCGCCCCGCAGAGCUACUCGGUGUGGGACUGCUUGUGGAUCGUAGCGGCCGUGCUGGUGUAUGUAGCUGACGUGGGGACGGACGUGUGGCUGUCUGUGGACUACUAUCUCCACCGAAAGUACUGGUGGUUCGGCCUGACCCUAUUCUUCGUUGUGCUCGGUUCCUUUUCGGUACAGCUGUUCAGCUUUCGAUGGUUCGUACACGACUUCGGCACGGACGAAGGGCCUCCGGCUGCCGACUUUCCCAACACGGACGGAAAUAAGCUGCUCAGUGGUUCGGCCUCGCACGGCGAUAUUGCCGCCUCGGAGCAUCCGGCUACACCUCAGAGGCAAGCGUCGACCACCAGCAAGAACACGACCACCAACAGCACCGGCAGCACCGUCAUGGGCGGAAGGGUCCGCAGCCGCUCGGCCCAUUACACCUUCUGCGUAUGGUUCGGUCAGUCCUUGAUACACAUCCUCCAGUUGGGCCAGAUAUGGAGAUAUCUUCACACUAUCUACCUUGGCAUUCGAAGUCGGCAGAGGGGUGAGAUGGAGCGUUGGCGGUAUUACUGGAGGAUGGUCUAUGAGUUUGCUGAUGUGAGCAUGUUGCAUCUGCUGGCCACCUUCUUGGAGAGUGCUCCCCAACUGGUGUUGCAACUUUGCAUCAUCAUUCAGACACAUGAACUCCAGGCUGUGCAAGGCAUGACUGCAGCAGCCUCACUGGUCUCUCUGGCCUGGGCUCUUGCUUCUUACCAGAAAGCUCUGCGAGAGUCUCGCGAUGACAAAAAGUCCAUCAGCUACCUGGCCGUCAUCAUCCAGUUCUGCUGGCACUUCUUCACCAUCGCUGCCAGGGUCAUCACAUUUGCACUGUUUGCAUCUGUGUUUCAACUCUACUUUGGAAUCUUCAUCGUUCUACACUGGUGCUUCAUGACCUUCUGGAUUGUGCACUGUGAGACGGACUUCUGCAUCAGCAAGUGGGAGGAGAUUGUGUUUGACAUGGUGGUGGGCAUCAUUUAUAUUUUUUCCUGGUUUAAUGUCAAGGAGGGACCAACACGAUGUCGGCUCAUCAUCUAUUACCUGGUGAUCCUGUUUGAGAAUUCUGCGCUCAGUACAUUGUGGUAUCUCUACCGGAAAACCGAAAGCACGGACGCCUUUGCAGUGCCGGCUCUCUGUGUCAUAUUUAGCAGUUUUCUCACUGGAGUGGUUUUCUUGCUGAUGUACUAUGCUUUUUUCCAUCCAAAUGGGACUCGCUUUGGACAUUCCCCUAGUGGCCAGGGUCUCAGCCUGGAUCCUACCGCUCAGUUCUCCACACUGCCUUCUGAUGGCGGAACCAACUCGCUUCGCUCUCACCGGGGAGGCACGGCGACCAUUGAGCGGGAAACAGCAAAGUAUUCCGAGCGGGAUAGCUGCAUGCCAGUGUUUCAGGUCCGACCUACAGUGCCGUCCACACCAUCAUCACGAGCUCCACGACUGGAAGAAACUGUUGUCAAAAUCGACCUGUGUAGAAAUCGCUAUCCAGCCUGGGAGCGGCAUGUCCUUGACCGCAGUAUACGGAAGGCCAUUCUGGCCAUAGACUCCUCGCUGACCCCGCCAAGGCUGCAAUAUAAAGAUGACGCACUGGUGCAGGAAAGGUUAGAGUAUGAAACAACGCUAUAAUUGCCUAGAAACUCUAGAGCACAUGGAAUGGAGAGGUGUAAUGGCAGCACAAACUCUGGCAAUAAGAGAUCAGAAGAUCCACUCUCAAGUCACAUCCCUCAAUGAGCAUUGUGAGCUAACCCUAACACGUGUGAGAGUGAUGCACAUUCUGACCAUGAUCAUAUUGCUGAACUGAGCACACUCAUCGGGAAUGCCUUGAGUCCCACAGGUCAUUUGUCAUUUCACUCAAAGGGGCCCUAUUCAGGGGUUUAAAUGGUCUUGGAUCCAUGAAGGUAAAAAUAAUGCACAGCACAAAUCUGCCUUCCUAUCAUCAUUGAACAGCACCAACUCCCCUCCAUUAGACAUUCUCUGUCUUUGACCCUGCAGAGUCUGCGAACAGUUGGGCAAGAGGUUGAGCCCCCUGCCUAGCAAACACCAAUGAGCGACCCAGUUGCUGCUGACCGUUCUUUGACAUUAAUCCAAAGUUGUGUCAUGUAUUUUUCAUGAGUGAUUGCUGUCAUUCAACUUAAAAUCCACAAGAACAAACAUGUGCUCUCACAAAGGAGCUUAUUUUAAUAUCUUCAAUGACAUCCCAAAAUGUUUCAUCCAUGUGGGUCGACGUCUGUCAUGUGUUUGUACAUUUGAUAAGGUGAAGUCUCACUUUUUCUGCUCAUCCUUGUUUUGUAUACACACACCCACACAGAUAGGUAGAAAGAAAGAGAGAGAGAGAGAGAGACAAAGAAUACAUACAAGUCAUAAAAGCUGCAAAUGUAGGAUAGGGUCCCUUUAAAUUCUGUUCAUGAAGUGUUUCAUGAAGUAAAAAGCACAUACACGUGACUCAUUCUGAACUGUUCCUCUGUCGUGACAUCCUGUCCUGGUAGUAAAGAGACGGCAUCCUCAAUUUCAGUACACAGUAGGUGGCGCUCUUGGCUUUAAAGUUAUGUGCAGUUUCAUUGACGUUGUUGUUGUUGCCAAGUGCCGUCUAGUGGGCCCUGAAAAAGCUGCCGGGCAAUUUUGUCUUGCUUGUCGCUAACAUUCUUAGUGCCAAAUAUUGUGAGAUGAAUUCACAGUUCACACAUAGUUUUCAAUAAACUCAAAGUAACUAAAUGGCAACUCAAGAUUUGAGUCUGAAAUGACAAACUAACCUCACUGAAGAAGCUCUCACUGAGUGAUAGCAUGACUGGAUGGCAACGUGUGUCGACGUCAAUCAAUAAUAUAUAUAUAUAUAUAUAUAUAUAUAUAUAU